UGGUAAUUUGACAAUUACUUAUGUCACUGUUCCAAUUCCGCUCGAUAUGAAGUUCGUGAAACCUACGACAGCAACAUCGAGAGAAUUGAAGAGCGCUAGCCUGACAAUUGACAUGUCCGUACAGGAGACAGGAACAUUGUAAAAAUUAAGACGCGACCGCAUCGAAGUAUGGGUGUCGGCGUGUGGUGUGUGGUGGUGUGGGCGUCGCUGGUGGGGCUGGCGGGGCUGGCGGAGCCGGCCGAGCUGACGGGCCCGCGGCCGUGGCGCGCGCUGGGCGCGGCGGCCGACUACCGGCUGGAGACCACGCUGCAGCUCAACGACGCGGCGCGCAGCGUCAAGGAGGUCGGCUACAAGCUGCGCGCGCGCCUGCGCCUGCGCCCGCUGUGGGCGCGCGACGCGUCCGACUACUUGCUGCAGUUCCAGUUGAUCUCCCCCAAACUGUUCCUCAGAGGGAAGCACGUGAAUGCAGACUUCAUGCCUUACGACUCGGUGUGGGACUCCGUUGGGGAUACUACUUUCUAUGCGUAUUGGAGCCACGGAUUGAUUAAAGAAGCCUAUCUCAAUCCUAAUGAGUUGCCUGAUGUGGCCAAUUAUCAGAAAGCAGUACUAAGUCUGUUUCAGUUCCAGAUGUUGAGUGGAGAUCACAAUGAGACAGAUGUUUCGGGAUCCUGUGAUGUUCUCUAUGAGACCAUUUCUAAGGAUGUCUUCAGAAAAAUAAAGAGACGUUGUCUGGGAGAUGAGGAGGCCGGAGUAGUCAGUGCCCGACGUCUAGCACGUUACUCCUUGGGUGAAAACUCCGGGAAGGCUGGACUUCAGAUUCAGCAACUGCAUGCAGAGGAGCUAUUGGCAGUUGGCCAUGCUAAGCUGGGGCUCAAACUGCGCUCGUGGCACUCCCUGCAACGCGACGAGGAAGCACCCCCCGCGCCCGCUUCGCCGCUCGCCUCGGAUCUGUCUGCUGCACUGGAGCUCAUACCAAGCAUACUACGUAUUGAGCCGCUGACUCUGCGGCCCGAGCAAGCCGAGCCCGGCCAGCCAGCCCAUGACGAUGACGAGGAGGAUGACGAGGUCGAGGUAGGUGACCCGCAGAUAACCCGCAACUAUCGCUGGCCCCGAUACCGCCGCGCGACGCGCGUCGUCCGCCACGUGGACCACUCGCCGCUUACAUUACUCUUAUCUCUUGUGAGAGACUGUACUUCAUACAAGCUUAUCUAAAAAUAGUACUGCAUCCGCAACUUUGUUGGCGUUGUGCAGGAAAAGGGGCCUAUCAAUACAGUCGUCGUCACUCAACUAUAUACAGGCGCAAAACGAUUACAUAAAAAGAUUUAGAUGAAACCCACGCACCUCAGCAGUGCGGUGUAUUCCAGUUUCCAGUGUCAUCUAUUCAAAAUUAUGAAAUCAACCAUAGAUCAGUACUUAUUUAAUUGAUAAAGUGUGAAGGACAAUUUGAAUGUGCAUUAGACACCUCUGCUAUAGUAUAUCCAUGUUUCUCUACCAUGUUAACUUCAGCAUCAAUAUGUAAAGUAUGUAGUGGAAUGCACUGAGCCAACAAUAUUUGUAAUUAAUUUGGUGAUAACUUUUACAAAAGAAAUAUAGUAAUGUCAAUAGUUAAUUCUUAGUUAUGUAUAUAAUGUGAUGUAAUUAUGACUUAUACUAAUAAUAACACAAUUAUGAAAUACUUGAUACUAACAAAGAGUUAAGAUAUGAAAGCGACCGGCCUGAGCUAGGUGUUUCUUGCAGACUAAUAACCGUGUCGUUGUACGAUUCCUAGAAGGUUUUUGUGCCUGAACUAUUUAAUUUGCUAUAGUUACAUUCUGCUAUAGUUUAACUAUAUUUUUAUAACUCGUAUAGUAUGAGUAUGAGUAGUUCAGGCACCUGGGAUGUGACCAAUGAGACAUAAUCAGGUAUAUGGUAGGUAUAUGUCCAUUGUCAAAUUCUAUAUUUACCUAUUUCAAAUUGUCAAAACCACCUUUCUUUAAAUAUUCUAUGAGACUGUGUCAUUUUAAUAAUUUUCAUUAAGUUUUUGUGACCUGCAGGUGCAGUAACUUGUAUCCCCAUAUGUAGCUACUGUGUUGAAUGUGGAUCAGCUAAUGUCAUGAGCCUUGGAGAAUGACCAAUUGGCCUCACUCAGUCUAGUAGUGGAAUAGAUUCUGGAGGGUUUUGACAUAGCUCCUAAUUAAUGUUGAGACUAGACCACUGCCAGCAUUGACAAGGUGCUUUACCCUAAUAAUCGGGACUUUUCCUGGUUUAUCCAGUUCUACCAUAGAUAAUUAUGUAUUAAAUUUGCCUAUACUUGGUUUACUUGCCUAAAACUAAUUAAAAUUCUAUAUUACAAAAAUGUGAUAAGUCCCAAAACCUCUUUUCACUUGGAUGUGAUUUCGAAGAAUACCAGUCGCUUGCCGGUGUGUCGUUAAGUGCUCACAACACGGGACGCAGUGUGCUACCCUGUGGCACUCCUGAGCUUGUUUCAUCAAGCUCCGUCUCCGACGUAUCUGCAACUUAAACGCGAAAUAUAACAUAGUAGAGAGCGUAUUGCACGGUUUUACUAGUGGUGGAGUCCAGCGUGUGAGGCUGGCCUAGGGCGAGAGUGUCGAGUGAGUAAGGUUCGGGCGGCGCAGGAGCUGGGCGCGGCCGUGCAGCGCUGGGCCGGCGCGCUGGGCGACGAGGCGCCGGGCGCGGGCGGCGCCACGGGCGGG